AUUGCGGAUCGGGUCGGCGCCAUUUUGGGACUGAGACUGGUUGUGGGGGAGGGAAAAGCGGCAAAAGGGGAUUAUUCAAAGUACCGAAAACCUCCUCCCGGGAUCGAGCGCAGCAGCACCCCCAGGCCAGGGGCACCUCUGGUGGGGCAGAAGGUGAUUGAAUUAUGCAGAUAUGAAGAUCACCAUCUAGGUUUUGUUUAGGCCCCGGAUAUUUCAAGUGGCCAUUUUGGAAUUACAGUUCUGUUUUUGUUUCGGGUAAUUUUGCCCCAGAAGUUUAUUAGAAUUGACAAGAAUCAUCUCUGAAGUGAAUUGAUAUUGGUAAACAAAUUCAUCGUGCUACUAAAAAACCCAGUCAUUUCUUCAGUAUUUUGGUUCAAACGGAUUAUAUAAGUCGUUAAAGUAUUUCGUCUGGUGUUAUUUUUGUCUCUUCCCCUCUCCUGUUGUCCUCAGCCAAAACUGUAAGAUAUGUUUGAUUUGUGUACUGAGUAGUUUCAAAUUACUGUUUAAAUAUUGCUGAAGUUUCGUGGCAGUUCUUUUUACCCUUAUUGAAAGAUUUAGUAAUUUUUGACUUCAGCUGUUUUCAUAUUACAAUGGGACAGCUUUUCUAAAUGAAGCCAUUGAAAGAAUACAGAAUUUUUUUUUUAUCUUUUAUUUCCUUGGGAAUGUAAGAUGUUCCACUUUGACACCAGCAUGGUAUUAUUGAGAUAGCUAUUUGUCUCUGUAGAUGCUGAUGUUUAGAAGUCAUAUUCAGAUGUGGAGUUUUCUUUUUGUUUCUGCUUUUUGCACAUAAAUUGGAUUUUUCAUCUGGAGUGGACAAGUACAGCAGUGAUAAAUACAUGGAAUCGUAAAGAAGACCUUGAUCUUGAAUCCGAGGAACCUGGCUAAUUCUGGAUAUAGCCAUAUGAAAACUUCAGAACAAAUAUGGGUAGCUGACUUCAAAUAACUCUAUGUCAAAUAGUCAUAGGUUAAGUAUCUUCAAAGAACUUGGAUAUUUCAGAGGAUACAAAAUAAAAAAACAAACUGGAAAACAUAAAGCUUAUAGAGAAAAAACCAGCACCCUCCUGUGCAGUCCUCUUGGGAUUUGUAAGUACUCUCACGGGACUUGCCAUGAGGUGUUGAAGCCUUGUUUCACUGAGUUGGAGAGACUGGACCUAAAUGGCGCAGCAUGACUUUGCUCCAGCCUGGCUUAAUUUUCCUACUCCGCCAUCAUCAACAAAGUCAUCACUGAAUUUUGAGAAGCAUUCUGAAAAUUUUUCAUGGACAGAAAAUCGUUACGAUGUGAGUCGUCGACGACAUAACUCUUCAGAUGGCUUUGAUUCUGGUAUUGGACGUUCUAACGGAGGUAAUUUUGGGAGGAAAGAAAAAAAUGGAUGGCGUACGCAUGGCAGAAAUGGUACAGAAAACAUAAAUCAUCGAGGGGGAUACCAUGGUGGAAAUUCCCGUUCUCGUAGCAGUAUUUUCCAUUCUGGAAAAAGCCAAGGACUACAUGAAAACAACAUCCCUGACAAUGAAACUGGGAGGAAAGAAGACAAAAGAGAACGCAGACAGUUUGAGGCUGAGGAUUUUCCAUCUUUAAAUCCUGAAUAUGAGAGAGAACCAAAUCAGAAUAAAUCUUUAGCUGCGGGUGUAUGGGGCCUACACGCCCAGACACACACAUACCCAACCAAAAAAAUCUCCCAAGCUCCUCUCUUAGAAUAUCCCCCGAAUCCUAAAUCUAGAGCUCCAAGAAUGCUGGUCAUUAAGAAAGGUAAUACAAAAGACUUACAGCUAUCUGGAUUCCCAGUAGCAGGAAACCUCCAAUCACAGCCAGUUAAGAAUGGAACUGGUCCGAGUGUUUAUAAAGGCUUAGUCCCCAAACCUGCUGUUCCACCUUCAAAACCUACACAAUGGAAAAGUCAAACUAAAGAAAACAAAGUUGGGACUUCUUUUCCUCAUGAAUCUACAUACGGUGUUGGCAACUUUAAUACCUUUAAGUCAACAACCAAGAGUAUUAGUCCAUCAGCAAAUUCAGUGAAAGAGUGUAAUCGUUCAAAUUCCUCUUCGCCCGUUGACAAGCUUAAUCAGCAGCCUCGCUUAACAAAACUGACACGAAUGCGCAGUGAUAAGAAGAGUGAAUUUUUGAAAGCCUUGAAAAGGGACAGAGUAGAAGAGGAACAUGAAGAUGAAAGUCAUGCUGGCUCAGAAAAGGAUGACGACUCAUUUAAUUUGCACAACAGCAAUAGUACUCAUCAAGAAAGAGAUAUAAACAGAAACUUUGAUGAAAACGAAAUUCCACAAGAGAACGGCAAUGCUUCAGUGAUUUCUCAGCAGAUCAUUCGUUCUUCAACUUUCCCACAAACUGAUGUUCUUUCCAGUUCACUUGAGGCAGAACACAGAUUAUUAAAGGAGAUGGGCUGGCAGGAAGACAGUGAAAAUGAUGAAACAUGUGCUCCCUUAACUGAGGAUGAAAUGAGAGAAUUCCAAGUUAUUAGUGAACAGUUACAGAAGAAUGGGCUGAGGAAAAAUGGUAUUUUGAAAAAUGGCCUGAUCUGUGACUUCAAGUUUGGACCCUGGAAAAACAGCACUUUCAAACCCACGCCUGAGAACGACGACACAGAGACAAGUAGCAGUGACACAUCAGAUGACGACGAUGUGUGAAAUUUAGUGUGAUACAUCUCUCAUGCAGUUUGGGGUGAAUUGUAAAAAUGAAGAACUAUAAUUUAUGUAGUGAACUACCCCAUUAGAAGAUGAUUUUUUUGGGGGACUUCAAUAUGAAGAAAACCAAGAAUGUUGUGUUGGGCUGUGUUGAACAUUAUUUCUUUGUAAAUGAAUGCUGUAGAAAUGAGGACUUUGGUUGAUCCAACAUUGACUUUCUUCAUCACUGCAGCAUUUCUCUGACUAGCAAUGUGACGAUGUAACAAAUGAGAUUUUCUCAUUUAAUAAUAAAAAAUUGUGUAAUGUUUUGCAAA